AUGAUUCCAUCUGCUCUUCUUCUGCUAUUGCCUAUUACGGCCGCAGCGCCUGCCUCGAAGCGCGCUGAGCCCGCUCCCCUCAUUAUUCCCCGUGAUGGAUCUGACGCGAUCCAUGGGCAAUAUACCGUCAUUUUGAAGGAUGAUGGCGAUUCUCAAGCUCUUGCUGAGGUUAUGAGAUUAGUGAAUGGAAAUGCUACGCAGGUCUACGAGAACCUGUUCAAGGGUUUUACCGCGGAGUUUGAUGAAGAUAGUCUCAGGGCCGUGAGAAGCCACGACAAGGUCGACUUUGUCGAGAUGGACCAAAAGGUGCCUCUUCCUGACGAGCCGCAGGGCAAGGUGGAAGCCGUCGAGCCAGACCCCAAGGCGACUGCCCCUGUUGUCGGACCGCAGGACCAGGUCCCCUCGCAUCCUGACCAAGUUUUCCGACGAGACACUGCCUUCACCCCAUACAUCAAUAACCCUACCGGCGGCCAAGGUGUCUGUGCCUAUGUUGUCGACACGGGUGUGGAUGCCAGCCAUCCCGAUUUCGGCGGUCGAGCUUCCAUGGUUGCGUCGUUGGUGGACUCGCACGGCUAUGACUUUGUCGGCCACGGCACGCACGUUGCCGGCAUUCUCGGCAGCAACACCUACGGCGUAGCAAAGAGGGUUACCAUCUACGGCGUCAAGGCCCUUUCGGAACGUCCAGACGCCAGUGGCAUAUCGAACUUGAUUGCCGGCUUAAACUACGUCGCAGAGGACGCGCCCCGGCGCAGCUGCCCCAACGGAAUCGUCGUCAACAUGUCCGCCGGCGUGCCUCGCAUCAUCCCUGCUCUCAACCUGGCGGCUCGCAAGCUUGUGCAGAGAGGAUUCUUUGUAGCCGUCGCUGCUGGCAACGAAGGCCACGAUGCUAGAGUCAACUCGCCUGCUUCCGAGCCGUCUAUCUGCACCGUUGGCGGCUUUGGAUACCGGGAUUCCAACUAUGGCUCUGUUGUUGAUAUCCAGGCGCCUGGUGCUAACAUUCUAUCUACUGUUCCCGGCGGCGGCGCUGUAAGCCAUCAAUCUCACGGCCAUACUCUUACCCUCUGA